AUGCAAAUUGGACAACCUUCUACCGGUUCUCGCAUUUCUGCAACCUCUACGCCAAUUCCUAACCAACAGCUUGUUAAUGGGAUACAGCCAGCAAUGCACCAUAAUAUGCCUCCGGGUGCAAUGCCGCAAAUUCCUGGAGCUAUUCCUCCUCCUGGCAUGCAAAGACCACGUAUGGGUUCUCAUCCAACUCAACCUCCAAUGCCUGGACAAAUGCCAACCACUAUGCCUUUGCCUCAAGGUUCUAAUGUUCCUCAGGCUGGGGGAACAAUUGCAGCACAAAAUUUGCAGAACAAAUUUCUCCAGCCAAUCUCGGAAUGUGAAGUCUCUAUUGGCGAACUCAUAGACAAAAUCCAGACGGACCGUUGGCCUGUCCCUCAAGGGAAUCGUCCAUUACGCGCAAUUGGUGCUGCACUUUCAGUUGCGAUUACUUUAUUGGAAGUAAGCUUUCCAAACACUGGUGGCCGUAUAAUGACGUUUAUUGGCGGGCCUUGUACUCAUGGUCCGGGAAUGGUUGUUAAUGAGGAACUGAAAGAUCCUAUCCGUUCUUGGCACGAUAUUAAAGAGGAUAACAUUCCGUUUAUGAGAAAAGCCUUUAAAUUUAAUGAUGCAUUAGCUGAGAGAGCUGUCAAAAAUGGGCAUGCUAUAGAUUUGUUUUCUUGUGCACUAGACCAAACUGGACUUUAUGAAAUGAAAGCUUUGUAUAGCCAAACUAAUGGCAUUGUUGUGAUGGCAGAUUCUUUCGAUUCUUCCCUUUUCAACCAAUCGUUUCAAAAAGUUUUUGAGAAAGAUGGAAAUGGUUCUCUAAAAAUGGCAUUUAAUGCUUCUCUAGAGAUCAAGCUUGGAAAUGGACUUAAAGUUGAAGGUAUUCUUGGUUCCUGUUGUUCAGCCAACGCCAAAAAUUCAACGGUUUCUGAUACUGAGGUUGGAAUUGGUGGUACUACACAAUGGAAAAUGUGUUCUUUAACGCCGAGAAGUACUUUUGGAUUUGUUUUUGAGAUUGCUGGACAGCAUGGCACAGCAAUCCCUCAAGGUGCUCGUGCAAUGUUUCAAUUUAUUACUCAAUAUCAACAUGCUGAUGGACGACGACGUAUUCGUGUUACAACAACUUGCCGUUCUUGGUCGGAUAUGGAAGCAAAUAAACAGUCAAUAAGUUAUAGUUUUGAUCAAGAAGCUGCUGCUGUUUUAAUGGGAAGACUUGCAUCUUGGAGAGCUGCGAAUGAAAAUGAUUCUCCAGAUGCUUUGCGUUGGUUAGAUAGAAGCUUGAUACGUUUGGUCCAAAAAUUUGGUGAUUACCACAAAGAUGAUCCAGCUUCUUUACGUCUUUCAGACAAAUUUUCUCUUUUUCCACAAUUUAUGUUUCAUUUGCGUCGCUCUCAAUUCUUACAAGUUUUUAAUAAUUCUCCGGAUGAAACUGUUUAUUAUAGGCACAUUCUUUUUGAAGAAAACGUUUUUGAAAGUACAACAAUGAUUCAACCACAACUUUUCUCUUAUUCAUUUAAUGGACCGCCAGAAGCAGUUUUACUUGAUACUUCAAGUAUACAGCCUGACAGAAUUCUUUUAAUGGAUGAUUUCUUUCAUGUUUUAAUUUAUCAUGGACAAACAAUAGCUGCUUGGAGAAAGGCAAAUUAUCAAAAUGAUCCACAAUAUGCUUCAUUUAAACAAUUGCUAGAGGCUCCUGUUCAAGAUGCUUCUAGUAUUUUACAGGAUCGUUUUCCUGUGCCGCGUUACAUUGUAACGGAAUAUGAGGGUUCUCAGGCACGAUUCCUUCUCUCCAAAGUUAAUCCAUCACUGACGCAUAAUAAUCCUUACUCACAGGAGGGCGGUGCUCCAGUCUUUACAGACGAUGUUUCAAUGCAAGUAUUUAUGGAACAUUUGCGGAAAUUGUCUGUUUCAACUUCUGGUUAA